AGUGUGUGUGUGUGUGAGUCCUCCUCCACCUCCUGACGGCUGCUUGUGGACACACCAAGCCGAGCAGCAGCGUCCCCCCCUCGGAUCAACUCCUCCAGAAGAACCCGGGUCCAAAUCUCAGACUCUAUGAUUCCAACAAACACGAAGACACAAACUCUCCAGGUUCGUUUCGACUUCCGCUUCCCCGGCUAACCGGUUAGCAUCGAGUCACGAGGGGAAAGAGAAGUCUGCUCAAAGUGGUUAAACUUUCCCAGCCGCUGAACCGUGAAACAUGGAGGACCGAGGCCCGGCUCAGAGGAAGAUGUCCACAGCUGGAGACAGUCUGUACAAGGUGCUGGGUCUGGAGCGAGGAGCCACGCAGGAGGACAUCAAGAAGGCGUACAGGAAACAGGCACUAAGGCAUCAUCCCGAUAAGAACCCGGACAACCCAGAAGCUGCCGAGAAGUUCAAGGAGAUCAACAACGCCAACUCCAUCCUCAGCGACGAGAACAAGCGGAAGAUCUACGACGAGUACGGAUCCAUGGGCCUGUACGUGGCCGAGCAGUUUGGAGACGAAAGCGUGAAACUGCACUUCCUCGUGAACAAGUGGUGGUUCAAGGCCCUCCUGGGGUGUGGAUGUUUCUUCACCUGCCUCUGCUGCUGUUGCUGCUGCUGCUUCUGCUGCGGGAGGUGCGGCCCCCCCACCCCCGAAGAGGAACCCAACUUCUACAUGGACCCGGACGACCUGGACGGGGAGUUUGGAGAACACAGAGCAGAAGGAGAUCCUGUGAUAGUUGCUCAGCCGAGCUCCUCCUCUGCUGCUGCUGAGGAUCCAGCCGGAGGAGAGCAUGUGAUCGUUAUGCAGCCGAGUCCUGCUGCCGCCGACAAAUCAGGUGACAACGCAACGAUUGUGAUUCAGCCUCAAGCGAGUGACGGCUCCUCGGGGCCCGGAGCCGCCCUACAGGAAGAGUGAGCUCAGGAAUGAAGACGAGAAUGAAUGACUUGAGUGAGUGGAGUCAUUUCUGAUUGUGAACCGUCUCUAAACCAGGUCAUGGCUGUUGAUGAACACAAGUCCAGUGUGUGUGUGUCUGUGUGUGUUUCCCCUCAGACUGUGGCCGGCCUGCAGAAAACCUGUUCAUCUCUCAGGUGUUUGCGUUUACAUGAACCAGGCAGCGAUCUGAUUGUGCCAACGUUUCUCUUCCUUUUAAAAACAACAAUGUUAAUGGUGUAUUCUUUAAUCCCGUCUUUUAUUUAUUUCUAUAAGAUAUAAUAUGGAGCAACUCUUAAAAAUGACUUGAUGACCAGAUGUUUUCUAUUUAGUUGACUCGUGUACUUUGAUUGUGUAAACUGUUUCCGACAGAGUUCCAACCCAGAGGAUAUCCACAGUUUUAUUCAAGGGAACGGUACAUUUAGAUCUGGUCUCCUUUUUAAAUUUGUGCCAUAUGAGCUCUGUCCGUGUUUGUGUCCGUCCCAGCUCAAACCUCGAAAAACUCAUCGUUAGCCAGUCGUCAGUUUGUUUGUACUGGUCACUCGUGAUGGAUCAGGACUCGUUCAUCGCCGUUUGAUUCGUUACCUCAUGGAAAACACGUCUUUUCCAAAGAGCUGAGCGGGGGGGGGCACAUAGUAGCUGUACUGUACAAGCACUUGAAACGAAAGCCAACAGGGACUUUAUUUUAUUAUGACUUUUUGUGCCAAAUGUUUCUUGUUUUCUGAUAUUUCUGGACGCUCCAGAUGUGUCGAGAGCUUUUCUUCCUCUGGUGUUUGAGACGACUUGUUCCCUGAGAAGUUGUGACGAUGUGUUAAAGGUCCAGUGUGUAAGAUUUACCUUUUUAGAAUAGGCCUUUUAUAUUUAACCACUUUAUUUUAAGAAGGAAGUGGAGGGUGAGGUGAGGGGUAUCCACCUGCAACAUGCAGCUUAACCACUAGAUGUCACUAAAUUCUACACACUGAACCUUUAAAUACUGGAAUCAUGUUAUCUUGUAAAUUCAGAGAUAUAUAUUUUAAAUCUGAGGUUUUUAUAUAUAUGCAUAUAUAUUUAUGUAAAACCUUAAAUGAUGUCAUCUUUAAUCAUGUUUAUAUUUUAUGAUUCUGCUGUGUGGGCAUCGUUGGGUUGCUUCUAUCUAAUUUAAUUUGUACAAAUCUAUAUCUAUUCAAUCUAUUGAGAUUUAAAAGAACAUUUGUAUAUUUUGUUUAAUUAUCUCAACCUUCCCUGGUAACGUAAUGAUUUUUUGUUUUGAAUGACUUUUACAUGCUUCUGUAAAAUGUAAUAUUUGUCUGUUCAAUAAACUGGUAAAACUGGAA